AUGAUAUCUCAACUAUUCAUUCUUUCAGCAAGAGGUGAUAUAAUAAUAAACAGAGAUUUCCGUUCUGAUCUCAUCAAAACAACCCAUGAGCAAUUUUACAGACACGUAAAAUUAUCGAAAGGAGAUUGUGAACCAUUAUUUAACAUAGAUGGCAUAAAUUUUAGUUAUAUAAAACGUUCAGGUUUAUACAUAGUAGCCACUUCCAGAUUUGACAACUGUCCUUCUAUUUUAUUAGAAAUCCUAAAUCGAGUAUGUGUAAUAAUAAAAGAUUUUUGUGGAUUAUUUAGUGAAGAGGCAAUAAGAAAGAAUUUUGUUUUAAUAUAUGAAUUAUUAGAUGAAAUCACAGACUUCGGUUAUCCCUAGCUUCUCUCAACUGAACAAGUAAAACCUUUAAUUGCAAAUGAACCUGUAGUAAUAAAAAAAGAAAUGGUACCUUCAAUAAACAGUACUUUUGGAACUAUUUUUAAAUCCUAAACAAUAAAUUCUAAUGCAACUAAAGCACCUGUAUCUUAAGACAAAAAGAAAAAUGAAAUAUUUGUAGAUGUCUUUGAAAAAAUCAGUGUUCUUUUUAACGUUUCUGGUUAUGUUAUUAAUUCUUCAAUCGAAGGUUGCAUUUAAAUGAAAUCCUAUUUAUAAGGAAAUCCAGCUUUAAAAUUAGCUUUAAACGAAGAUUUAAUUAUUGGAAGAGGAAAAAUAGGAAAAGUAGUAUUAGAUGAUUGCAAUUUUCAUGAAAGUGUAAAUACAUCGGAAUUCGAUAUUAACAGAACAUUAAGAAUAUAGCCUCCAGAUGGUGAAUUUAUUGCAAUGAAUUAUAGAAUAACAAGUGAGUUUUAACCACCUUUUAAAAUUUAUCCAAUUAUUGAAGAAGUUUCAAAUUAUAGACUUGAACUACAUUUAAGGAUUAAAGCUUGCUUUCCAAAAGAAGUGACUGCAACUUAUGUUAAUUUGAGUUUCCCAAUGCCUAAAUAAGCAUCUAAUAUAACAAACGAGCUUGGAAAAAAUUAAGUAAACUAAAAUAUUGAUAUUGAAAACAAAAACGGAACCAAAAUCGUAAAAUGGAAUAUUAAAAAAUUCAAAGGAGACACAGAAUAAAGUCUUAUUUCGAAAAUCACACUUCAAAGUAAUGCAAAUGCAUAUAUGGCAAGAAAAGAAAUAGGACCUGUGAAUGUCGUUUUUGAUAUUCCGAUGUACAAUGUGUCUAAUUUAUAAAUUAAAUAUUUAAGAAUUGAAGAAAAGGAAAAAACUAAUCCUUUUAGGUGGGUAAGAUUCAUAACUUAAUCAUCUUCAUAUGUUUGUAGAAUUUGAUU